UCUCUUGAUUUGUUUUUCCCUUUACAGGUAGAACCUCCACUGGAUAUCUCUACCACUCCUGAUUCCAAUUUCAAAAGGUGGAAAUACACAACAUACAAUUUUACCCUCGCAACAUAUUGGUCACCAUUCUUGGUCAGAAUGGAAGAAGCAGAUUCUGAUGGUCCAAGGCAUGAUGGAGUCUUCAACAUUUAUCUUGAUGAAUUUGACAAAAAUUGGAAAUGUCAAAUCAAUGAGUUCAAUUAUGUCAUCCUUAACUCUGGCCAUUGGUUUAGUAGAUUGAGUGUCUACUAUGAGAAAAAUCAACAAGUUGGUUGCUGGCGUUGUGGACUAAAAAAUAUUACUCAACUCCCAAAUCACUAUGGGUACAAAAGGGUAUUUAAAACAGCAUUAAAAGUCAUAAAUAGUCUAGAAAAUUUUAAGGGUACAACUUUUGUUAGGACAUUUGCACCUUCACAUUUUGAAGGUGGAGAAUGGAAUACAGGUGGGAAAUGCUUGAGGAAAAGGCCAUUUACUAGUAAUGAAAAAACUUUGGAGGGUUUAGAUUUGGAGUUUUACAAGUCUCAAGUGGAAGAGUUUAGGGAAGCAGAAAAAGAAGGGAAGAAAAGGUUUAGAUUGAUGGAUAUAACACAAGCCAUGUUGUUGAGACCAGAUGGUCAUCCAAGUAGAUAUGGGCAUUGGCCAAAUGAGAAAGUAGUUAUGUAUAAUGACUCUGUGCAUUGGUGUUUGCCUGGUCCUAUUGAUUCUUGGAAUGAUUUCUUACUUCAUAUGUUGAAGAUAGAGCAGGAGAUACUUUAA